AUGUUAACGGUGACACAAGAGGCACCAGCUAAUUUCAAGUCAAUACUACAACAACAACAAAUUUCACAAUUUGAGUCCCAGCCACUGCCGACGUCAACGCCUACUCAGAUCCUAACACAGACGCAGACAGCGAUUCAGUCACAGCCGCGGCAACAGCCAUUACCACAACAGCAUCAACAACAACAACGGCAGCAGUCAACGCAGUGUGAAGCACAGCUGGCGAUAACGCAGCCGUCUGUGUCUGCAGCGCACAUUUCGUCACCUUUGGCAUCAAGCCCAACGGUGACAGCGCAACAACAACUACUUCAGCAUCAAUCGCUACAAAUCCAGCAACAGCAGCUGCAUCAGCCACCACAACAGCCCCUAACACCGACAUCAACACCCUCACAUCAUUUGGCUAACAUUCUGAACGAAACAGCCACCUCGAACGGCUCUUUCACAUUGGCCGUGGUGGCUAACGACAGCAACAACAGCAGCAGGAACAGUUCGACCGACAGAAUUGUAUACAAUCAGCCCACCUCAGUGCAAGACGAAACAACAAUCGCUCCAUCAACAGACUAUGCUGCAACAGCAGUCGCCAAGACAUCACCCACGCCGACAUCAACGCCUACCCAGAUCCUAACACAGACGCAGACAGCGAUUCAGUCACAGUCGCAACCUCAGUCGCAGACACAGCCGCAGCAACAGCCAUUACCACAACAGCAAUGGCAGCAGUCAACGCAGCGUGAAGCACAGUGUGCAGUGCCGAUAAUGCAGCCUUCUAUGUCUCGAGCGCACAUUUCGUCACCCAUGGCGUCCAGCCCAACGGUGACAGCGCAACAACAGCAACAUUGUCCGGACCGAGCGUAA